AUGUCUGGUGCUCGUGGUCCGACCCGCCCGGCGGUGAACGGAGGAGGCCAGAUCCUUCAGCCGAUCAAGCGCCACAUACCCUUCUCAUCAAUGAAGCCGCCGUUUAUUCCUCCUGAGGAUUACCACCGCUUCCCUUCCAACGGCGAUGAUCGGCGAGUCAGCUCCGCCGCCACCGUUAACGAACCCGAAGUUUUAAUAGUCAAAUCUCCUCCAUUAAAAAGGAAGACCAUAACAGACUACAACGAUGUCGAGUCUAGUGGGUGGACUACAAAUUCUGGAUACACCGAUAUAGUCAACAGUCCCCUCAGCACGCCUGUAUCUGGAAAAGGACGGAAAACAAAUGCCCGAUCAAAGGUGACAAAAAGCAGUAAAGCUGGGCCUCAAACACCAAUGUCGUCAAAUGCUGGUUCUCCUUCACCGCUUACCCCCGCUGGCAACUGCCGCUAUGACAGCUCCUUGAGUCUUUUGACAAAAAAGUUUGUCACCUUGAUCAAACAUGCAGAAGAUGGUAUUCUUGAUCUAAACAAAGCUGCUGACACUUUGGAGGUGCAGAAAAGGCGGAUAUAUGACAUAACAAAUGUUCUUGAAGGAAUUGGUCUAAUUGAAAAGACACUGAAGAACAGAAUACGCUGGAAAGGACUUGAUGCUUCAAGACCAGGGGAGGUAGAUCACGAUGCAACUAUUUUACAGGCGGAAGUUGAAAACCUUUCUAUCAAAGAACAAAGAUUAGAUGAGCGCAUAAGAGAAAUGCAGGAAAAAUUGAGGGAUUUGAGUGAAGAUGAAAAUAAUCAGAGGUGGCUUUUUGUGACUGAAGAGGAUAUCAAAGGCCUUCCCUGCUUUCAGAAUGAAACCCUUAUAGCGGUUAAAGCUCCACAUGGAACCACUCUUGAAGUCCCAGAUCCUGAUGAGUCGGUUGACUAUCCACAGAGGAGAUACAGAAUAAUUCUCAGAAGCACAAUGGGUCCCAUUGAUGUCUACCUUGUCAGUCAAUUUGAGGAGAAGUUUGAGGAGAUGAAUGGUGUUGAACCAUCCAUGAACUUCCCGCUUGCUUCAAGUUCGGGUUCCAAUGAGAAUCUGGCAACAGAGACAGCCACUAUGGGGAUCAGUGGUCUCCAGAUUGAAGCACAGGCACAGGAUGGUCAUAGAAUGAGCUCUGAUCCCAGUGCUUCACAGGAGUAUGCUGGGGGAAUCAUGAAGAUUGUCCCCUCUGAUGUGGACAACAUUGCAGAUUACUGGCUUCUAUCAGAUGCAGAUGUUAGCAUUACUGACAUGUGGAAGUCAGAUUCUGGUGUAGAAUGGGAUGGGGCAAAUAUGCUUCAUGAGGAAUUUGGGAUGGCUGAUGUUGGUACCCCACGGCUACAGAAUCCUCCAUCUUGUGUUGCUGAUGUACCAUCUACUGUUAUCAAUGGCACACCGAGAUGAUUUGUGUUUGCCUGAUAAGCUUGCCUAGGGAACUCCCGUAUGCUUCAACCGUAAGCUGUCUUUGCCAUCAGGUUCUUUUUAUGUAUCACCAAUUCAAUCCUGGAGUUAAAUUGAAACAUCCUGAUGGGCUGGGGCGAUGAAAUUGCACAAGAAAAACUCCCAAGAGGUCGAGGCACUGGAAAAACCAAAGUUUACGACUUUGAUGUACACUUAGAGUUCAUCUGGUUCACCCAUGAUUGAGCAGUGAAUAAAGAUUAAUUUUGCAACAGCACUGGGGUGGAUGUUUAAGAUAGAAUUGCUAUGGCACCUGGGAGUGUUCAGAAACACAUCACAUUAAUCAAAGUUAAAGUUAACAUGAGAACAAUGUUACUUUCAUUGUUUUGGUGGUCAAUUCUUGCAGGUGUGUUCAGUUAGUUAAAAUCUGAAAGGCUUCGAUGGUCUAGAAGUGUAUGAUAUAUUUUUUUUUGUUACAUUGGAAAGUUAAAAUAAAACAAACGCCCGAGAAGGGGGCAG